AUGACAUUGAUUAAAAAGGUUGGUUUACCUGUAUUAUUUGGUAUGGGUACAUAUUAUGUUUGCAUUUCCGAUCAAUAUAAAAAUUUUUGUAAUAGCAAAUGUUUCUGGACACGAACCAAUGAGCAAGUAAGACAAAUCUUGGAUCAUUCACAAGAGACACAUUUUCUUCAUGAUUAUUCUAAAUUAUUUCAAAAUAAUGAUUCUGUAUCUAAUGCAAACACUGUAGAAAAUAAGGGUGGUGAAAAUAUUAUCAACACAACUAGUAACGUACAAUUACUGUUAGUAUUAAGCAAAGUAGAAUUAUUGAAAGAUAUAUGGAACUACCAAGUUUAUAAACUCUGGAAUUGGCUAUAUUCUUCAUAA